UUUUGAAAAAAAAGAAAGAAAGUAAAUUAGAUAUUCAAAAAGAAAAAGAAAAAAGAGUAAAUAAGAGAAAACUAGAAUGGGCUUUGGCCCAGAUGGAAAGGAAGGCUGAGAAUCCUUGUAUGGAACCCAAUUACAUUUUAAGAACCCAACCCUAGAAAAACCCUACUUUGCUUUCACUACCACUGCACCACCCUUAUAAUCCUUCCGCCUCUGAGGAGAGAGAGAGAGAGAAGUGAAAGAUAGUAGAGAUGGUGUCAGGUUCGGGUAUCUGCGCGAAGAGAGUGGUGGUGGAUGCUAGGAACCACAUGCUGGGGCGGUUGGCGUCCAUUCUCGCCAAGGAGUUGUUGAACGGCCAGAAAGUGGUGGUCGUCAGAUGCGAGGAAAUCUGCCUCUCCGGCGGCCUUGUUCGCCAGAAGAUGAAGUACUUGAGAUUCCUCCGCAAGCGGAUGAACACUAAGCCCUCCCACGGACCCAUUCAUUUCCGCGCCCCUUCUAAGAUUCUCUGGAGAACCAUCCGUGGGAUGAUUCCCCACAAGACUAAGAGAGGAGAAGCUGCCCUUGCACGCUUGAAAGUUUACGAGGGUGUCCCACCUCCCUAUGACAAAAUCAAGAGAAUGGUUAUUCCCGAUGCACUCAAGGUUUUGAGGCUUCAAGCUGGCCACAAAUAUUGUUUGUUGGGUAGACUCUCAUCAGAAGUUGGGUGGAACCACUAUGAUACUAUCAGGGAGCUUGAGAAGAAGAGGAAGGACAGAGCUCAGGCAACUUAUGAAAGGAAGAAGCAAUUGAACAAACUGAGAGCCAAGGCAGAGAAGGUUGCUAUGGAGAAGCUCGGCUCACAGCUCGACGUCAUUGCUCCCAUCAAGUACUAAAUAUUGUCAUAGAUAGCUAUUGAGUGUUAACUUUGUUGGAGACAUGUCUGUGAGUUAGAUUUCGUUAAGUUUUAAAUCACUUUUGGUUGUUAUUUUUCUGUUCUCAAACAUACCAUGGUUGUUGAAAACGGAUGCCAUAUUCUCAAAUUUUGAAAGUUUUAAUAGACUUUCCAAUGUUGUCAA